CACAAACCUGCUGCAGAUCUUCAGAAGCUGCCAAGUGUAGCAUCAAGCUAACGCUAGCUAUCAGGACAUUAUCAACCCCAGUCUGGGGCAUUUAUUUAGUCGUUAAUUUGGUGGCUGGCCCAAGGCUGGCUUAUCUGGUCAAAUAUGCAGAAAUAUGAAAAACUGGAAAAAAUCGGGGAGGGCACAUAUGGCACAGUUUUUAAGGCUAAAAACAGAGAAACCCACGAAAUAGUGGCUUUGAAAAGGGUGAGGCUGGACGAUGACGAUGAGGGGGUGCCCAGCUCUGCUCUGAGAGAAAUCUGCCUUCUGAAGGAGCUAAAACAUAAAAACAUUGUCAGACUACAUGAUGUUUUGCACAGUGACAAGAAGUUAACAUUGGUUUUUGAAUAUUGUGAUCAGGAUUUGAAGAAGUAUUUUGACAGCUGCAAUGGGGAUCUGGACCCAGAAACUGUGAAGUCAUUCAUGUACCAGCUGCUGAAAGGCCUUGCUUUCUGUCACAGUCGAAAUGUUCUUCAUAGAGAUCUGAAGCCACAGAAUCUCCUCAUCAACAGAAAUGGGGAGCUGAAGCUUGCUGACUUUGGGUUGGCUCGAGCCUUUGGUAUUCCUGUGAGGUGUUACUCAGCAGAGGUGGUGACCUUGUGGUACCGGCCUCCAGAUGUGCUGUUUGGUGCCAAACUUUAUUCUACCUCAAUUGACAUGUGGUCAGCUGGAUGCAUAUUUGCAGAGCUGGCUAAUGCUGGAAGGCCUUUAUUCCCUGGGAAUGAUGUGGACGACCAGUUGAAAAGAAUCUUCAGAUUGUUGGGGACACCGACUGAAGAACAGUGGCAAACAAUGACCAAACUUCCUGAUUACAAGCCAUACCCCAUGUAUCCAGCCACCACCUCACUGGUGAAUGUGGUCCCUAAACUAAGUAGCACAGGACGGGAUCUACUCCAGAACCUGUUGAAAUGUAAUCCUGUGCAGAGGAUCUCUGCAGAGGAAGCCUUGCAGCACCCAUACUUUGCUGAUUUCUGCCCACCGUAAAUGCCACGUUGCUGCUCGGUGAAGCUCAGCCGCCAGAAUCAAUCAUCCUUUGCUCUGUUGGUUUCAUGCCGUUCAGUCGCUCAUCAGUUUCCAAACACUCCCCUACAAUUAAUUCAGCUGUGCCUCUGUGUGUCACAAAGUCCCUGUGGAUCUGCAAGGGUUUCAUUUCUUGUAAGUUGAAAGCCAAUUAUAUAUAUAUAUAUAUGGUACAUAUACUGUACGCCUCCUAGUUAAUUAGCGCUGUUACAGGAGGAAGUGCUGCGUGUUACGUCAAGUAACUUUUCCACCUGCAGAGGUGAUGCUGAAGAACAAGAAGCCUCUCUUGUCCAAGAGAAUCAACUUGGCAUGUGGUGAUUAUUUGACUUUAGCUGACCAUGAAAUGAACAAAAGAUCUUUGGUGAUCGGAGGUUCAAAUUCCAACAGGUAGCACAAACUGCAUCAGUGACGCACGCAAACAGCCUUUUUUAUUACAGUAUACUGGUUUCUGUUCUUGGUGGCCUGUGUCCUUUCACUAACACUGUAGCAAACUGUAGCCUGAUGAGUGAUGGAAUUUCCACUAUUGAUAUUUCAAGAGUUAAAAAAAAAAAGAAUAUAUCAGACAAAUUUAAUUAAAGAGCACGUUUGAUGAGGAUUGGUUACUACAGAAUUUUGCCCAAGACACAGUGUAUGUGUUCUGCCUGGGAUAUUUUACUAUUAAGACACUUUCUAAAUUAUAAUUAUCUUAGAUUUGGCCUUUGUAGUUGUUUCUGUCCGCGACAUACUCUGGUACUGAUGAAUCUGUGACACACAAGUGUUUUCUGUUAGUAUUUAUCCAUAUAUUGGCUUUAGUGGAGACCUCAGGCUCCUGGGGGCAGCUAAUGCUGGAAAAAGUCACUAUUUAAACUUAAGUUAUGAUAAAUAGCUGUGCUAGUUUUAGCAUUUUUCUUUCCAUUUCUAAAGGCUUGAGUGAAUGUUACACCAUUUUUGAGGCUUGGGUGAGCAUUUACAGUUUUUAAUUGUCUUCAGUUUCAUAGAAGUUUCUUUGUCACAAACAUGUAAUUGUUGGUACAUUGAUGGAUAAAAUUUAUGUUAUGGAAUAAUAACACCAGAGUAAAAUACUCAUCUAUUGUUCAUUUAUCUCUGGAAACAUUUUCCUUUUCUGAUGUAAAUUGUAUUUUUGCCUGGACACAGGUUUUCACACUUAAAAUGGACUGAUUGGAACUGUUCUAACAAACAAAGUCUUCAUCCUUUUGGGUCAAGUUACACACUUCUUUGUUAUUUAUUUGAAUUCACAUAUGUUCAUCUUAAAACCAGAACACACUUAUGUUGCUUCUCUUUCACAUACCAACAGUACAAUGUCCCACUAACUAUUACAAGAUUGUAUAAUCACAUGUGAGGCUAAUUUAUAAUUAUUAUUCUUAUUAAUUUCUCAUUUUGUAUUUUUUUUUGUGCACUUUGUAAAUGACGGUUUUUAUUUAAAAUCGUGAAGUCAUUGAUAUUAUUAUGUUGAACACUGACAGCUGGGAUUACAGUCGGCUAUCAAUAAAUGGGCCAAUAUAUGUUAAUGACCAGUGGGCCAUUUGUGACACAUUUGUAUUUUUUGACAUCAUCUUUAUCGUCGUUAUGUCUCUUUUUUUUUUUUUUAUGCUUUUGUAAUAGUCCUCUUCACGAUUGCUUUGUGCAAUCCUAUGCUAACAUGGUCAACAGCUUGCAGUGUUAUUUGACUAUUAUUGACUAUUACAGUGCAACUUGUUCCACACAAGCUUCCUUAAUGAGUUGUUUGAAGUAGCUUUGUUCAUAGGGAACAGAUUUAUUGUCGUUUUGCUUACUUAAGACGAGAUAAUGGAUGCAUGUAUUUAUUAAUGAUGGAAUGUCUGCUCUUUAUUUGCAUUUGGAUAAAUGUAGCACAGCUUCUUCACCCGACACAAAAACUCCAUUUGGAUGCUUUUAAAAUAGUACUCAUGCAUCUGUAGUGUUUUAACAGCCUCUUAAAGGAUCUAUAAUGUUGAAGUCAUAAUCUGAAAACAUCUGCUGUCAGUGUUAAUUUAUCUCAUGAUGUCGAGACGUUUUUGAACUGCUGUGGAGUGACUUCAUACAGCCUAAAUUUCAAUUUGAAAUGAAGAGUGGUGAUUGCACUUUUGCUUUUGUUGGUAGAACUCAAGAUGUUUUUUUUUUUUGUAAUUGACUCCUUUUUGUGUAUUUCAGUCAUUUCCUGAAAUCUCCACGUUCAGUAAAGUUGACAUGAAUACA